AUGGGUCCAACGCACUUGUAUAGUUUGCUAACGAAAUUUACGGCUAUAAACGGACUAAAUACCUACUAUUUUAACACAAGGAAGAAUGGCUUUAAGGGCACCUGGGAGCUGAAGAUAUACUGCCUUGUCCACCACGCACUCUGUGUUUUGGCCCUGACGUGGAUGUUUUAUAACACCGCCGGUAAUAUGCGAUUAUGUGUGACUGUCCUUACGAUUGGUGGAACUGUGGCCUUCUCAAUGCAGUUCUGUUGGCAAAGAACUCAAGGCAUUCGGAAACUGGCCGAUGGUCUAGUCAAAAUGGAGCAGAAGUAUUUUUGUGGAAGGCCAAGCGGUUCACUUUUGAAGUACCGAUUUUGCAUGAAAAUAGUGUUUGUUUCGAUAACCCUACUGCGGAUUCACCUAUUUUACCCCAUUUAUCUGAAGAGACUGCUGCCCUCUCAGUUUUAUAUGAACCUGGGAUCUUAUUGGCUUGUCUACAACAUGCUUUUGGCAGCUGUACUUAUGCUCUACUGUUUUCUCUGGCAAAUUUGCCGAAUUCAAAAGCUGAUAAAUGACAAGAUGAUACUGAUCUUAACCAGAUCUUGACAGAGGAAUCGCUUGAAAAAAAUGCAGCACUGCUUCAGACUCUAUUCAAAGGUUCUGGUGCUGUGUGACCAAUUGAACCACGAAUUCGGAUACAUUUCCGUUUGCGUUCUGGCCUGCAAAAGCUGGUUCCAAAUAACCUACGGCUACGAGAUAUACCAGAUGGUGGCUGCCCCGAAGUCUAUCGACUUGAGCCUGGCGAUGAGAGUGUUUGUAUUUCUCAGUUACAUUUUGGACGCCAUUAAUCUUUUCGUUGGUACGGACAUUGCCGAAUUGUUUUACCGAUUUAGAGCUGACUCACGGCGUAUUUUACGCGAGACAAAUCGGAUGGAUCGAUUGCUCUCCAUGUUCACCUUGAAGCUGGCCCUGUAUCCCAAGCGGGUCGUCUUUCUCAACGUGUUUACUUUCGACCGAAAGCUGACUCUGGCGCUUAUUGCCAAGUCGACGCUGUACACAAUCUGCUGGCUGCAAGGCGACUACAACAAACUGAAGGUGUAGACCGUCGAAAGAACGUCUUUCAAAGCAAAUCCCCCUUUUCUGAGGGUUUAUUAGUCGAGGCACAAGAGUUUGUCUGGAC